AUGGACUCCAGGAGCCACACCUCGCUGCUCCUGCUUCCAGUGUUGCUUCUGCUGCUGCAGGUCAACAGCAUCAACAGUUUCCAACAAGAAAAGGAUGCUCUUACUGAUCAAACAAAGGGAGACAGCCGCCGGCCCCUACGGCGAUCCAAGAGAAGACGGGUUAUUACCACCCUGGAACUGGAGGAGGACGAUCAAGGACCCUUUCCCAAACUUGCUGGGGAGCUGUUCAAUGAUGUGUCCCAUAACAUGUCAUUAAUAUAUUUAAUCAGUGGACCUGGUGUGGAUGAAUAUCCGGAGAUUGGUUUGUUUUCUGUAGAAGAUCAGAGGAACGGGUGAGUGUAUGUUCACCGCCCUGUCGAUCGAGAGACAACACCGUCUUUUACGGUUUAUUUUGAUGUUGUGGAUCGCUUAACAAGAAAGGUCAUGGAUAAUUCCUUGAUUUUCAACAUUAGGAUCAGCGAUGUGAACGAUCACGCACCCCAGUUCCCCGAGAAGGAAUUCAACACCAGUGUGAAGGAGCACUACCCUGCAGGUCAACCCAUUUUCCAGAUGUUAACAGUUGAUUUGGAUGAAGAAAAUACUCCAAAUUCUCAAGUCCUUUAUUUCCUUAUUUCUCAAACACUGUCACUGAAAGAAAGUGGCUUCCAGAUUGACCAUAUUAGUGGAGAAAUACAACUCUCAGGAUGCUUAGAUUAUGAGACUGCUCCGUGGUUUACACUACUAGUUGGAGCGAAGGAUUUCGGAGAACCUCCCUUGACAUCCACAGCCUCGGUUCAUGUGAACGUGCAAGAAGGCAACAACCACAGGCCCACGUUUACCCAGGAGAACUACAGGAUUCAGAUUUCUGAAGGCUGCACAAGCCAGAGCGUGUCGCGUCUCCUGGUCCAAGAUGGUGACUUGCCAUUUACAUCAGCUUGGAGAGUAAAAUUUCACAUACUGAAUGGCAAUGAAGAGGGACAUCUGGACAUUCUGACUGACCCCGAGACCAAUGAAGGGAUUUUAAAUGUGAUCAAGCCCUUGGAUUAUGAAACUCACCCUAUACGAAGCCUUGUCAUCGCUGUGGAGAAUGAGGAGCCGCUCUUCCCCUGUGAGGCGGGCCAGGUCCAGGGGCCCCGGGGGGCGGCGGUGAGCACCACUGUGAGCGUGCAGGUGAUGGACACCAAUGACCCACCAGCCUUUUACCCCAGGAGCUUUGUCGUCAGCGAGGUUGACGGCGUCAGGCCCGGAAUUCAGCUGGGAAUUUUCAAUGCUACAGAUCCAGACAGAGCUACUGGCCAGAUAAGCACGACGUCCUCCGGGUUCAUCCAUGUGGUAACAGGUUGCAGACCGUCCUUCCUUUUCAAGGCUGAAUACUCCUCCACUGUCUGUGUAGACCGCACUGUGUUCUUCCAUCCACCUGUGGGCGUCCACUGGAGAACUUUCAAACCUGAGCACGGUCUUGAGAACCCCUGGACUCACAGCUGGUGUCAGAUAGAAGUGAGCGUGGUCUUGGUGACUGUUCCCUUUAAGUCUGAAAUCGGUCGGUCAGUUGAACUUUUAAUGUAGAGAAGCCUCCCACCGGGUAAUUACUCGGUGCCACUGGUCAUCAGAGACAAACAGGGACUUUCCCAGAAGCAGACUGUCCACGUAAGGGUCUGUUUCUGUCCCGGUGGAGUCUCGUGUGUGGAGGCAUCAGUUGCAGUCAUAGGAACUGGGCUCCUCGUGGGCACCCUAGCCCCUCCCUGUGCAGUGUUCAUGAUUCUGGCAGGUCAGGGUCUGCAGGGGCUGUCCUGGGGAUAUGGCUCCUCUUCUCAGGCUGUAAGCCAGCAGUGUGGAGUCCUCUGGGCCAGGGAGCAGAAGAUGGCAGAGAUCAGUGGGAUGCCUUGA